CCCUAAAGAGCCUGCAAGCUCUUAUGGCAAUCCAAGUUCGAGCUCGGGCAAAUCGAAUCCAGCUGCUCGAGGAGGACCACGAGCUUCUCGAAAGGCGACGACAUGAACAUCUCACUAACACCAAUCUCGACAAAGAGACGAUAAACAUGAAUCUCGACGAAACUCGGAGACCAUAUAAGAGCAAAAGUGGCCAUAUAACUCAUUCUCAAAUUGAACAGAUAAAGAACGGACCAAAUGCUUGUUCUUGUCGACGAAAUCUUUUGAUCCCGACGAGACAACAUCAGCACAAAAACCACUCCAUUUCCAUAGAACCAAACAGUUCCGAGUACUAUGUUUUAAUGUCGAAAUCAACUACUAACAGAACAUUAUGUUCCAUGGAUCCGCCAAGGCAUUCAGACUUCGUGCCUGAUGAGUAUCCCUGCUAUCCAAAUUAUAUGGCCAAGACAGAGUCCUCGAGGGCAAAACUUCGGUCGCAAAGUGAACCAAGACAGCGACCCGGCUCGAGCGCCUGGCCAAAGUGCAAGCAAGCAGAAAGUGCUUUACAAAAAUGAAACAUAAUGGUUAUG